AUGGACGUCAUUGUGAGUAUUAUUGCGGGUAGCUUCCGUUAUCUGGUAUCGCUUCCGCCAGGUGACGAUGGUGGCGAGUGGCUGAAGGAAAUGAGAGGGAACCUGGGACUCAUGGCAACCGUCAUUGCAACAAUGGCAUUUCAAAACGGUCUCAACCCACCCGGGGGCGUUAUUCAAAACGGCGACAACGGAUCCGUCACUUGUCCUUCACCAAUUGCCCACGGUCAAGCUUGUCCAGGUCAAUCCGUUUACGCUGCAGUUGACCGUCACGGUUACUCCGGGUUCAUGCUCACUAACUCUAUCUCCUUCUUGUUUUCAAUCACCACGUGCAUAUUGGUCAUAAGCGGCGUUCCUCUGGGUCCAGGGUACCCAACUCUGGUGCUAGCAAUGCUCAUGUCCUUCUCUCUCAUCCUUCUUGCCGUGUCAUACACGCUCGGUGCUUUUCUUCUCAAUCCGCGUAUUCAGAAAACUCACGCCGGAUUUCGCGUUUUUAUCUAUGUUUUUGUCACGUUUCUGGUGGUUUUGCUUUCUUUGCGAUUUGUUGCUUUGAUACUCGCCGUUCGGCGCGUGAAGAAAAAAGCUGAUACCACUCCCGCGCUUCCCAGCCAAUGA